ACUGCACUGCUGAGGAAAAGGAACGGAGUUGUCAUUGUAUUGGGCUGCUGAAGACAGACCAAGGUGUUUCAUCUUACAGUUGGUCUUAUCUGGCUGAGGCCAUGGGGUUCCUCUUAAGGAUGGUGAUUCUGUGGAUGCUGUUUGUUGGAGUACUUCAAGCAAGCAUUAAAUCUUAUCAUGGCACUGAAGAUGGCUUUAAAAAUCCUCAUGCCACUAAGCUUGCUUCACGUUACCAGUCCCGUCCUGAGGCCCUUCGCUACCAAAUCCAUCAGUCUUGGCCCAAAGUACGCAGAUUCCAGCUUAAGUCUUUGCCCCACGGGCGCAGCUACCAGCCAAAACCACUUCCUACUUCCUUUGAGCCGAGGUCCCGGGUACUUUACAAUCAGAUCAAGCCUCAGGUGCCAAGUUACCCAUACCAGCCUCAAAUAUCUGGCUACCUUCCACUAGUGCCCCACUAUACAUACUUCCCUUUGGUGCGCAAUUACAUGUACCAGCCUCAGGUGCCUCUCUCAAAAUCCCACCACCAGGUGCCAAGCUACCUGCCCCACCACCGGGUGCCUGCCCACCUGCCCAUGCCCCAGCACCAGGUGCCCAGCCACCUGCCCAUGUACCAGCCCCAGGUGCCUCUCUCCAAGCCUGAGCCCCAGGUGCCCAGCCACCUGCCCCAACACCAGGUACCUGGCUAUUUGCCCAUGUACCAGCCCCAGGUGCCUCUCUCCAAGCCUGAGCCCCAGGUGCCCAGCCACCUGCCCCAACACCAGGUACCUGGCUAUUUGCCCAUGUACCAGCCCCAGGUGCCUCUCUCCAAGCCUGAGCCCCAGGUGCCCAGCCACCUGCCCCAACACCAGGUACCUGGCUAUUUGCCCAUGUACCAGCCCCAGGUGCCUCUCUCCAAGCCUGAGCACCAGGUGCCUGGCUACCUGCCCAUAUACCAGCCCCAUGUGCCCAAGUAUGAUUUCCAGCUGCAAGUGUCUGGCUACAUGCCCAAGCUGCAGCCCCAGUCCCCCCAAGCACCCCAGUGGCACCUGCCAGAGGUCCCCCCGCAGGUGCCACAGUUAUACUUGCCCCAUAUGCCACAGGUUCAAUUGUCCAAGAUGCCUCAGCAAGCCCAGGUGCUCAAGCAGGAUCCACAAGUGCCUCAACUGUCCCAGCAGGUGUUCCAUGAGCCGCACUUGCACCUUCCCCACCAUCAGCUGACCCAGGAACCACAAGAGCCUCAGCCAGCUCAGGAGUCUCUGGUGCCACACGAGUCUCACUUGUACCAGCAUCAGCCAGCCCAGGGGCUGCAAGUGCCUCAGUUGUACCUGCCCAAGGAGCCUCAGCAUCAGCUACCCCAUGUACCUCAGUUGUACAGGCCCAAAGAGCCACAGCAGGAGCUGCUGGAGCCUCAGGAGCACCAGGUAUCCCAUGUGCCUCAAGAGCAUCAGGUACACCAUGUGCCUCAGUUGUACAGACCUGAAGAGCCACAGCAGGAGCACCAGGUAUCCCAUGUGCCUCAGUUGUACAGACCUGAAGAGCCACAGCAGGAGCCCAAGGAGCAUCAGCUACUUCAUGUGCCUCAGUUGUACAGGCCCAAGGAGCAUCAGCUACCCCAUGAGCCUCAGGAGCAUCAGGUACACCAUGUGCCUCAGUUGUACAGACCCGAAGAGCCACAACAGGAGCUCAAGGAGCAUCAGCUACCCCAUGUGCCUCAGUUGUACAGGCCCAAAGAGCCACAGCAGGAGCUGCUGGAGCGUCAGGUAUCCCAUGUUCCUCACUUGUUCCUGUCCAAGGAGCCCCGACAUCAGCCACCCCAUGGGCCUCAGUUGUACAGGCCAAAAGAGCCACAGCAGGAGCUGCAAGUGCCUCAGGAGCAUCAGGUAUCCCAUGUGCCUCACUUGUUUUUGCCCAAGGAGCCCCAGCGUCAGGCAGCCCAGGUGCCCCAGCAGGUCCCACAAGUGCCACAGUCAUACAUGCCCAAGGAGCCCCAGCAUCCCAAAGUGUUUCCCCAGGAGUUUCCUGAGCCACAGCAGGUGUCCCAGUCAUAUGAGCCUCAGCCCAAUGUUCCACAGCUGCCACUGCCUGAAGUACCCCAGAUGUAUCAGCCCCGGCACCAGAUGCCCAGCUAUCUGCUCAAGCUUCAGUCCCAGAUGCCAAGCUACAAACCCAAGACUCAGGAUCAGGUUCCUAGCUUUAAACCUAAGCACCAAGUGCUGAGCUACCGGUCCAGUCAAGUUGGUUUUCCUCUUCCCCAGGCUAAAGGUGCAUCUAAAGUGGAUUCAACAGGACUGCAUAAUGGUGUUAAAGGAAGUGGCUUUCACUACAGGCCCACCUAACGCAUGCAGUGUUUGACAAUCCCAAAAACAACACCUCAGGAAGUGCAUGGACCUCUUCAACUCGCCAAAGUUGAUCUGAUCUCUGGAAAAUAAAAACUUUGUCUAAA